CAGCUUCCACAGCAGGCUGGUUUUCCAACAGUCCCUUCUUUGUUUUUCUACUGCGCCAGCCGGCACACUACAACUUCUCCAGAAGACUUAUUUUUGACUUCUGAUGAUGAGAAUCCUGUUGAGGGUCUGUUUCAUUGCAGCUCUGCUAGUAUGUUAUGUGUUAAGUUGUGCUUCAGAACAUGAAAAGAGGAAAGGUGAAGAAUUUCAAAGCCCUGACAAGAAUGCUGACAGUAACAUCAAGGUGAAGAGAAAUUACGCAACAGAAAAUGACAGGAGUCCAACGAAGAAGGUCAAGAAGACAGGAAGUAAGAGAGUUUCCAUGGGACCAAGAAGUGACAUCAGAUGCACCAAACUGGGAGGCAUCUGCCAGCCUAACCAUUACAUCUGCCAAGGCCGAUACCUAAAAGACAAAUGUUUGGGGGCCAAGACGCGGCAGUGUUGUAUGCCAGUUGGAGCCUGGAGUAUUCUUUGUGCUGGUCACCACAACAACAGAGUGAGGGCGUGUGAUGUACAUGGCUGUGGAGCUUUCAACUCCAGAAGAGGUAACAACCUACAUAAAGCAGUGGACCUGGUGUGUGAUGACUAUGGUAUUGUCAAUACUCCAUUCUCAGGCUCUCUGGCGGGUCCAGUGAGUCGGAAAGACCCCGCUGGGCAUCAGUAUGAUGGGGUCAAACUUCUCAAUGAUGUACACUGUGUGAAGAUCUUCAACAUCCGUCCUUACCGUUACAUCGGCCCGGUGGCUCAGGGAGAAGCCUUGGGUUAUCUGUUGCCGCUGCAGGAGCACUUCUCCGGCAUCACAUCACAUCUGGAGCUGCAAAUGUGUGACGGCACUGACCCUUCACCUUUUAUAUGACCUCUAACCUUUCAUCUUUAACAUGACGUCUCAGUCUUUACCGUUGUGACAUUUCAUAUGACCUCUCCUCCAAAUUUACCUUGACCCUUCACCUUUAAUAUGACCUGACUUUCAUCUUGCAUGCAACCUGUGACCACUCACCAUUCGAAACCCUUAACUUUUGUCCCUUACCCCUGCAGAUAUAAUCCCUGAUGCCUAAAAAUGAUCAUGAUACCGUAUGUUAGUUCUAACUUUUCCGUGCCCUGAAAAUGAGCACUUUUUAUUUGAGAGCUCUGACACUUAAAGUUCCAGUGUGUAACAUUUAUUCUAUUGACAGAAAUGGAAUAUAAUAUUCAUAAGUAUGUUUUCAUUAGUGUAUAAUCACCUCAAAAUAUGAAUUGUUGUGUUUUCAUUACCUUAGAAUAAGCUGUUUUUAUCUACAUAGGGAGCAGGUCCCCUUCCACGGAGGUCACAAUGUUGCACCACCACAUUUCUACAGUAGCCCAUAACGAAAAAAACAAUCAUUAGCUCUAGAUAACUUUCAAACGCCUUUCGCAUUUUUUCGGGGCCACGGUAGUUUCUCCUACACGCUUGGAAAGGGAGGGUGAAGCGAGCAGGUAGCUAGUUGUGGGAACUAGCCCAAAACUUCCCCUAAUGACAGCAAUUUAAGUAUCGUUCUUACAAGCUCAUGAUGGCCAGCUGUUGUGUGACUUAUGAUCCUUCAUCUCCAUUUAUCCAUGUUUUAGCCUUUUGUAUAUUUUUGUACUAUCAUUAUUAUCUUUUUUCCACUGAAUGUCAUGUAUUUUUAUAAAGUUAACUGGAAACUAACCAAAUAUUUCUAAAAGUAAUGACUCUUGCAUACUUUUCUCCUAUAGCUUUUAUAUAAAAAAAAGUUCCAUCCCUCGACAUGGACUCAUAUGACCCCUUUUACGCAAUCUCUUCAUAAUUGAUUGAUGCAAUAAAUUCUAACUUUCAUUUCUG